AUGUGGACUAAAUCGAUUAAUAUCGAGGUGAUAGUUAUUUGCUUACUGUCGAUCAUUCCAUGGCCGGGUCCGAGCGUGUUCAAGAUAUCAUGCUCGCGCGAAAGUUCGCGCGUCGUGCGCAAAAUAGUGCACUCGCGCUGGCUGCCCAUACUGGAGAAGUACCAGGUGAAGUUGCCCCUCGAGUGUCCGUUUCAUCCGCUUCGCGACAUCUUCGGACCGCAGCAGAGCGCCAAAAAGCAGCACAGACCGAGCCAGUGGACGUGUGGUUUCUGUGGCAAAAGCUUCUUCGAGGAGAAGCACCUCGACAUGCACUUCGAGAAUCGGCAUCGGACCAACAUCAACACGGCCGAGGAUGCCGUCUGUUUGGCGGACUACUGCGACAUGAUGCGCUGUGACGUGUUGAUCGCGAAGGAUGCGACCCUUGCGUUUGGCAGCGAUCCUAAUGCGGUCACAACGGACAUCGAGGUUUGGAGUGAGGCAACCGCUUACCGGACGGCAUUGACCACUUCCGGGACGCGAGAUCUGGCCAAGGUGCCGGAAAGAAAGUCCCUACUGCCCAAGAUGCUGCAGACCAUCCGAGAUGACGUGUUUCGAAAUCGGCAACCCCAACCAGCCGUAACGUCUGUGGUGGGUGCGAAGGGCGCGGGCAAUUGCGAUAAGAGUGAUGGAACUAAGCGAACGAAGCGCAGUGGAGGUAAAGCUGCUGGAGGUGUUAAAGGAGGACGCACUGAACUGCAGCAGGACGAUGAAGAGGAUGACGAAGAGGACGAUGAAGAGGAAGACGACGAAGAGGAGGAGGAAGAAGAAUCGGAAAACGACAGCAACGCAACCUCGCAGUGUGAGCAAAACCUAGUCGAUUCUUCGCUACCACCCGUGGACCGGAAGCAGCAGCGUCUUUCGGAAAUGCAGCGCAUGAAAGCAAACUGCAACGCGGACGAGAUCGGUCUGCUGAAGACGCGCUGUGAAGUGUUGGUGCGGCACUGUAUCGUCGGGUUGCUGGUGCAGCUUUCGCACGAGGACUUCCGGAACAUGGAGGAAGAGCUGAACCGGGCCGUUUGCUGGUAUUUGACGUGUGAGCGAUACUGGGAGGAUGGUCCGCUCGAGCAGCGACCCUUUCCGUGGGGUCUCGUGUUCGUGCUCGUCAUGGUGCUCUCGAUGGGCGUUUGCCUUUGCUACUACAUCAUCUGGAUACUGUUCGACAGCGAUGAUUUUAGUCCGUCAGGCAGCAGCCAGCUGGGGGCGCACCAUCCGAGCACCGCACAUGGCCAUCAUCUUCACCACGGGCGGCACUAUCUGCAGCCAGGAUCGUCCACCGGCAUCUAUCGGUUGCAGGAUGGCGGCCAUUCUGCGAUCAGCCUAAACAAUCUCGGUGCCAGUUCCGGCGGAAACGAUAUCCAGCAUACGCCCCAGAUUCACGCCUCACCCGGACCACCAGGUGGAUCGGCCGCCAUGCUCUACACCACGGCCGAAGAUGGCUACGGAUAUGCGGCUGGUUCCGCUGCUGGAGCCACACAGAUGAUGCCACCGGGUGAUCUGACUGCGACCAGUUCGAGCGGUACCGCCGGAAGCGGUCUAACGGGAGCUGCAGGACCACUGGCAUCCGCCGGAGGUGGCGAGUUCGGUGAGCUUGGCCAAAGCGAACACUACAUUUACGUGACGUAUCCACCGGAACUGAAGCGACGGCUGCUGGAAAGGUACGGUAGAGACAUCUAUAUGCAGCUGUUGCGCAAGGAUGUGUACGAUUACUACUAG